UUUCUGAGUAGCAGAAGACACCGUCCGACGGGAACCAAUCACGAUCGAAGACCGUUUUUCUCACCUCGGUUUUUGGUGUUGCUUCUGACGUGCAUAACGUCUUUGGGUGGUGGAGGUUCAUUUUUUUUCUUGAACAAUUCUUUAAAAGAAUGGCUGCUCAGUGGAUACGAACCGCAGUUCCGAAACUCGGUGGUGCCCGACUUUAUAGCAGUAAAGUUCACAAAUGUACGCUAAUUCCUGGAGAUGGUAUUGGGCCAGAAAUCUCUGCCGCUGUUCAAAAGAUUUUCGAUACUGCCAAGGUGCCAAUAGAAUGGGAAUCUGUUGAUGUAACACCUGUAAAAGGUCCAGAUGGCAAAUUUGGUAUACCACAAGCUGCCAUUGACUCAGUUAACAGGAAUAAAAUUGGUCUGAAAGGUCCUUUGAUGACACCUAUUGGAAAAGGGCAUAGAUCUUUAAAUCUUGCACUGAGAAAAGAAUUUAACUUGUAUGCCAAUGUACGACCCUGUCGUUCCCUAGAAGGUUACAAAACAUUGUACGACAAUGUCGAUGUUGUUACAAUCAGAGAAAAUACAGAAGGAGAAUACUCUGGCAUAGAACACGAGAUUGUAGAAGGGGUUGUACAAUCUAUUAAAUUGAUUACAGAAGAAGCUUCUAGCAGAGUAGCAGAAUUUGCUUUCCAAUAUGCUCAAGAUAAUAACAGGAAAAAGGUUACUGCUGUGCAUAAAGCAAACAUUAUGAGAAUGUCAGAUGGUUUAUUCUUGAGAUGCUGUCGGGAAGCUGCUCAGAAGUACCCUAACAUUAAAUUUGAGGAACGAUAUCUAGACACAGUUUGUUUAAAUAUGGUUCAAGAUCCCAGUCAGUACGAUGUGCUUGUAAUGCCCAAUUUGUAUGGUGACAUUCUGUCCGAUAUGUGUGCUGGUCUUGUUGGAGGUCUUGGUCUUACACCAAGUGGAAAUAUCGGUUUAAAUGGUGCCUUAUUUGAAUCUGUGCACGGAACUGCGCCAGAUAUUGCAGGACAAGAUAAAGCAAAUCCUACCGCUUUGUUGCUUUCUGCCGUGAUGAUGCUUAAACAUAUGGGUUUGAACAAACACGCACAAAUCAUUGAAACUGCUGCCUAUGAAGCAAUUAAAGAAGGUAAAUGUCUAACAGGUGAUCUUGGAGGUACAGCAAAAUGCAGUGAAUACACCAACGAAAUUUGCAAAAAGGUCUCAGCAUUGACGAAGUAAAACGAUACAAAGUUUAUGAAAAAUAAACUGCCAAUACUCGUAGAAAUGAUAUGUAUGAGUUAUCUGGCCGUAUUCGACCGUCUAUGUAAUUAUUGUUUUCAAAAUUAUUGUCAGUGUACAAGUCCGGGAUCAGUCUGCAGUUUGAUUGUCCAGGUUGCAGAUGUUAUAUAAGUUGUAGAAAGAUGCCUUAAAUAUUUUCCCAUACACAUAUUUAGAUAAUUUUUUGCUGAGUACUUGUUUAUUUAGUUUAUCAUAACAUAUAAAGUUACUCUACUUCGUGCAGUUUGCUAACAGUGUAAUAGCAUUUAAUAUUACUUUAUCGCGACCGAACACACGCAGUCGAACAGCGUGUACGGACUGAAUAGAUUUCUGUGUAAGCCUGUUACACCGUAUUUGUUGUCGUCAACGGAAGAUCUCGUAGAAUCUGUAAAAAAAGCAAUUAGGCAUGUAAAUUAAUCUAGGUACAGUGUAUAAUACUUUUAAAUGAAAUUGUUAUGGAAGAUGUGUGGCCUCGAAGAAGAGUUUCAAGAAUCAACCUCACGCAGUAUUACAUACUAAUAAAUCAUUAUAAAUACAA